AUGGUUGACACUUUCAGUGAAGAGAGUAGAUUUCAUAUAAGAGAGUUUGAUGAAGAUAGAGAUGUUAAGGUGGUGGGGAAGCUCGAGAGGAAGUGUGAGAUUGGAACUAAAAAGGGGGUCUCCAUUUUCACCAACAUGAUGGGUGACCCUUUAUCUAGGAUUAGGUUCUAUCCCCUUCAUGUUAUGUUGCAGAUGGGUGUACUAAUGGUAUAUGUGUUUCCUAAGGUGGCUGAGCUGCUUGAAAGCAAGGAGCUUGUGGGUGUGGUUCGAGGGUGCAUUAAGAGUAUGCAAACUCCUUCUGAAUCAUUGCUGAAGAUUGGUUGCAUACUAGGCCUUAGGGUCUCUCCUUCACACAGGAGAAAGGGGAUUGGACUGAAACUUGUCACCUCAGUUGAAGAAUGGAUGCUGAGAAAUGGGGUUGAAUAUGCAUUCCUGGCCACCGAAAAGAACAACGAUGCCUCUAGAAACCUAUUUACCAACAAAUGCAAAUUUGUGAGUCUCAGCUCACUUUUCAUAUUUGUGCAUCCAAUUAGUUUCCCUGCAAAGCACCUUUCCAAGGAUAUAGAAAUCGAGAAGGUAAACAUAGACCAGGCAAUUUCCUUAUACAGAAGAACCCUGAUGGCGAAAGAGCUUUACCCAUUAGACAUGGAUAGUAUUUUGAAGGAGAAUCUCAGCUUGGGCACCUGGGUGAGUUAUUACAAAGAGGGAGGGUUACUCAACUUGCAGAGAAAGGAAGACAUGAUUACCAAUGAAAUCACAAGCUCGUGGAUCAUCUUUAGCAUAUGGAAUACUUGUGAGGCUUACAAGCUUCAACUUAAAAAGUCUCAGCCACUUAGGUUUCUUUACACAACUUUAAAUCAUGCAAGAGACAAAAUUUUCCCUUGUCUGAGAAUGUCGGUGAGUGACUCACUGUGCAGGCCCUUUGGGUUUCUCUUCCUCUAUGGGCUCCACGGAGAGGGAGAGAACCUUGGGGAGCUAAUGGAAUCCAUAUGGAGGUUCACAUCAAGGAUGGGAGAAAGUUUGAAGGACUGCAGAGUGGUUAUAACGGAGCUAGGGUUUGGUGAUCCACUUGUAAACCAUGUCCCUCAAACAGCUUCUAUGUCGUGUAUCGAUGAUAUUUGGUACACGAAAAGAAUUUCAAGCCACAAUGACGAAAAGGAUGAUGAAUUGCUGAUUAAGAGACAAAUCGGGAAUGUGUUUGUUGACCCUAGAGAUUUUUAGGUCAAUAACUUUUCGCGGCUACUUUUGUUGUUGAUGCAUCUGAGAUUGUUUCUAGCAUCAUGAUCUCAGCAUAUUGAGAAUUAUGUAUACCAUUGACUUCAA